AUGCUGUUCAUGGUCUCGGCAACGCAUGCGCGCUUCCUGGCAAACCGAAAUGGAGAAAAGGUCAUUGAAGUCAACGGGGAUCAUAUUGGCAACACAGAUGCCUCGCAGAUUACCGAGGGAUCUAUGCGCUCGCGUAACGCUGAGGAAUUUCGAUUUUUCAGCAAGUCGAGUUACACUUGGAGCGUUGUGUCGGUUCCGAAUAACCACCAAUGGAUUCGGUCUCUGACUGUGUUUGCCAGUUAG